GUCUAAUUGUAGUUGACAGAUGUUGAAUAGUUUAUUAAAAAUUAAAAAAUUACAAAAUUAGUGAAUACAGAAUGCCAGAAGUAGAUAUUGAAUGGCCAUGGCAAUACAAUUUUCCACCGUUUUUCACAUUACAACCACAUCCUGAAACAAGAGCAAAACAAGUAGAUGCAUGGAAAUCAUUAAUUUUAAACUUUUGUGAGCAAACCAAAACAUACACCCUAGAUGUCAGAGACACAAACCAAACACCUUUAUUUAAUAAUUCAUUAAUAAACAGAAAAUUAGACCAAACGGUUAUAAUCUCUAUACUAAGCGAAUUACAAAAAAGUGGCCAUGCAUCUCCAGUAGAUAAAAAUAAAAAUCGAUGGGAAAUCUAUUGGCAUACCCUAGAGGAAUGGGCUAGCAUUAUAUAUGAUUCUAUUUGUGAAAGAGGUAUGCAAAAUACGGUGGUUACACUAUUUGAACUCACACAAGGAGAGGAUGUUUCAGAUGCAAUAUUUUUUGGAAUGAAUCAAGAUGUACUUAUUAAAGUUUUGAGGGCUCUAGAAAAUGAAAGAAAAUGUGAACUUAUACUAGAAGAUGAUAUACAAGGAGCAAAAUUUUUCUAACUAUUCGUGUAGUGCAUUUCAUCAGAUCAAGUGAUAAAUUCCAAAUUAUCUGUACCACGCCUGAUCAACUCAUGGGCAUUUAUGAUUUUACUAUAAAAAAUAUAUAUACAUAUAUAUAUAUAUAUAUAUAUAUAUAUAUAUAUAUAUAUAUAUAUAUAUAUAUAUAUAUAUA